ACAAAGGGUCCCCUACCUGUUCAUGCGCGCGCACAGGUGGAUGCGGGAGGCUGGACCACAGUGGCGGACAGGAUCAGGGGUAAAGUCCAGAGGAUGUUUAUUGCAAUAAUGCGGAGGCGAGAUGAAGGUCAUUUAAUGGGUGUUUAAUGUGUGCAUGUGAGCAGAGAGAGCAGAGUGUCAAAGUCUUGUUGAAAUGUGUCGCCCUCCGCAGUGGUGGUGGAAUGGGAAGAGGCACAGUGGGCAAGGUGCGGAUCCAUCUCCCUUCCAUCCCAUCUCUCGCGCACCACACCCUCUCUCUUCUCAACAAUUCGCCAUCUUCAACUCCCUUCUCUCGACAUGUUUGUUUCCUCUCUGCCGUUUCCCCUUCCCCUGAUCAUCCAUGCAGGGGCCUUCAAAGGGUCCAGACGUGGUUAGCUCAGGGGAGCCAAGGCCAACGACCGUUUAGGCGAAACGGAAAACGGGCGAUUCGAGCUGUCAGCGCAAUUUCCACUGUCCGCCCGGUAAACGAGGGGGUCGUUGGUUUGCGUGCUUGCGUGCUUGCGUGCUGGGGAAGGUGGACUUUGCGGAUUGCACGAAUCGCUGGUGCCCGUCCCGAAGUGCGAGUUUGUGGGGGUUUUCCGUAAGUGGACCUCUCCCACAGCUAUGCUUCGAGGGAAUCACAAUCAAGGAGUUCACGACAUCUGUUCAAAGGAUCCAACGCGAAAGCGCAUGUUUCCAAACGACCCCAAUUGGAC